CUUUGAUGCUGAAAGUCUAUUGUUACUUUUUUGAAACAAUAAGUCCUAUUGUACUGUUCGUGAGAGUACAACUAUAUAGUUAAAGGUAGAAUUUCGUUGCUUGUUAUCUGCCUCUUAUGACGAUGAAGCAAGUACAGAAGCAGCCUGAUGGUGAAAACACAGUGAGCGAACAUAAUUCAGAGAAAUGCACGGAAAAAGAAAAAGAAUUCGAAGACUCAACACCAGAAGCAGAAACACAUUCAGAACUCCCUCCUGCUGGCUUCAUGUACAACAGCACGAGCUGUGAGCCCUACUACCUUGACAUAAGUCAGAAUGAGAGAAAUGAGUUUGUUGCAGUGCUUAGAAGAAUGCCUGUAGGGACGCUCUAUUUCCCUAGAGAGUCACUGACAUUAUGUGAGAACGAAGAAUGCAUAUAUAAAGGCACACUGCAUUCAGAAGCAGAUUGUAUGAAGUACAUGAUAAGAACAGAAACCCAAAGAACUGUGCUCGUACAUGUAAUAGAACCAAAUGUGCCGCUGAGCUUAUGUCACAAUAAUCAAUGUUUCUUGAAGGGAAAAUACCAUUUUGCUGGGCAGUGUUUGCACAUCCAGUUAAUGCCAAUUGAAAGUAUUAAAAAUAACCAGGGUCUUACCACAACUUUUGGAGAAUGAACCAUUUAUGAGGGUUCUGGAAGAUAACACCAGCAAGAAGAG